UUGGGCCUCGGCGGCCUCCGUUCGCAGCGCGCUCGGGGGAAGGCGCGGCGACCGCGGCGGAGCACCGCAACUCUGCAGACCAUGGAGUUCGACUGUGAGGGCGUGAGGCGGCUGCUGGGCAAGUACAAGUUCAGGGAUCUGACUGUAGAAGAGCUGAAGAACCUGAACUCGUUUUUCCCGCACUUCAGAUAUUCCAUGGACACCUACGUUUUCAAAGAUACUUCCCAAAAAGACCUGCUGAAUUUCACUGGUACCAUUCCUGUGAUGUAUCAGGGUAAUACAUACAACAUACCUAUUCGCUUCUGGAUUUUGGAUUCUCACCCUUUUGCUCCACCCAUUUGCUUCUUGAAGCCAACUGCAAACAUGGAAAUCUCAGUUGGAAAACAUGUGGAUGCCAAAGGCAGAAUAUACUUGCCCUACCUCCAAAACUGGAGCCAUCCUAAAUCUGUCAUUGUUGGAUUAAUUAAAGAAAUGAUCACCAAGUUUCAAGAGGAACUUCCUCUUUAUUCGGUGCCAUCAUCCAAUGAAGCGCAGCAGGUCGACUUGCUAGCAUAUAUUGCAAAGAUCACGGAAGGUGUCUCAGACAUAAAUUCAAGGGGCUGGACAAAUCAUGAGAAUAAAAUACACAAUAAAAUUACUGUGGUUGGAAGUGGAGAUUUGGGUAUUGCCUGCACAUUGGCAAUUUCAGCAAAGGGCAUUGCAGACAAGCUGAUCCUUUUAGACCUCUCCGAUGGGACUAACCAAGGGACGAUGGACCUUGAUAUCUUCAACCUGCCUAAUGUAGAGAUCAGCAAAGAUUUGUCUGCCUCUGCUCAUUCCAAGGUGGUGAUCUUCACAGCCAACUCUUUGGGUGGUUCCGAGUCCUACCUGCAUGCCGUGCAAAGCAACGUGGACAUGUUCAGAGCUCUUGUCCCAGCUCUGGGACAUUAUAGUCAACAUGCUGUCUUCCUUGUUGCAUCUCAACCAGUGGAAAUCAUGAGCUAUGUGACAUGGAAACUAAGCACAUUUCCUGCAAAUCAAGUGAUUGGGAUUGGAUGCAAUCUGGAUUCACAGAGAUUACAAUACAUUAUUACAAAUGUUUUGAAGGCACAGACUUCAGGCAAAGAAGUAUGGGUUAUUGGUGAACAGGGAGAAAAUAAAGUGUGCUCAUGGAGUGGCCGAGACGGAGUAAUGAGUCAUAGCUCUCAGGCACAGCUGUCCAGCAGAGCCAUGGAACUACUGAGGGUAAAAGGUCAGAGAUCUUGGUCUGUUGGACUGUCUGUGGCUGACCUGGUGGACACUAUUGUAAAUAAUAAAAAGAAAGUGUAUUCUGUAUCAACUCUAGCAAAGGGAUAUUAUGGUUUAGAUAAUGAAGUGUUUUUAAGUUUGCCAUGCAUCCUGGGAACCAGUGGAGUAUCUGAAGUCGUCAAAACCAGAGCAGAAGACACAGUGACUGAGACACUCCAGAACAGUGGGUCCUCAAUCCAUGAUCUCCAGAAGCAGCUGAAACUGUGAUUCCCAAGCACAGGCACCUGAAGGGGGAAGCUUGCUUAAUUUUGCCAGCACACAUAGUUUUGGGAACUUACACAACUUACUAUUGGUUCUUACAAACAGCCUUUAUGGUAGAUAGCUUCUUAGCUAGCUUUGUAAUUUGAAGCCUUGAGAAGUUAGAGAAUGGGAAAGGAUCUAAUUUAUUUUGGAGUUUUUGACCUACGUACAGCAGGGAUAAAUAUUCAUUUGCAUUGUGUAUCAUUUUAAAUUGCAUUUGUCCUAACUUAAGGCACAUCUAGCACUUUAGAGAUAUUCUGAAAGAAACUCAUUCCUUAAAGAUUGCUGUGGACGUUUAUUCUAAGCAUGGUGAGCUGAAAGUGGGAUGGGCACAAAUCUGUGGUAGGUGUACAUGCAGAGAUUCGUGGCUUUACCCAUUAAUUCGCUUCUUUUGCAAGAUCCAGUAGAUGGUAAUGGCAAAGCAUUUUAUUUUCCCACUUCAAAUUCACUAGCUACCAAACAUUAGAAAGGAUUUUAGUAUGCAUUUUAAAUUGGUUAAAUGGAAUUUUAAGUAUAUGAAAAAUUAUUUAUUUAUUUAAUUUCCAAUGAGACUUCCUUUCUGAAAAUUUCUAUAAUAAUCUCUUCCUGGGCUAGAAAAUCUUGAAUGUAUCUUAAAACUGUGUUAGUAGAAAAGGAGAGAUGUGUUUUUCUGUGGCCUUAGAUAAUGAAUAACAGCCAAACAGUAUAUUUUGAGACCAAAAUAUGAAGUUUUCAUGAAAAAAAACCAUUGGUCUUAAGGGAGAGAGGCUUUGGUCUGCUGCUUCUGAGCAAGCCUUAGUCAUCCAGAAGAAGUACUUCCGACUGUGCCUGGGUGGUUGGUUGGUCAGUAUCUCCACGUGGGAGAGCCAGCUCAGUGACUGCUGUGACACAGUGCUGGCACAGCUCCUAUAUCGUGAGCUCUUUAUUUGUAGAGUCCUGACACUGACUGGCUGAGGUCGGGACUGUUUCUCUUCAUUACAGAGGAGGAAGUUCAACUUUGGUGUCUGAGAUUGCAUGGGUUCUAAGGAGCACUGCUCACCUGUACAACCUCUCACUUUUUAUAGGCAGCAACGAGGGCUGUGGGGAGGCCUAGAGGCCUAAAAGCCAAGCUGUCACAAGACACUAACUAAAGUUGAGGCUUGGGACACUAUGAAAGAAUUACUUUCAUUUUCAUGUGGGAGCCUUUUUUUUUUUUUUUUUAAUGUCGUCCUGGCUGUCUUGAAGUUCACUAUUAUAGACCAGGUUGGCCUCAAACUCAUAGAUCUACCUGCCUCUGCCUCCUAAGUGCUGGUAUUAAAGGCAUGCAACACCACACCCAGCUAUAUUUUUAACAGUAUUUUUUACAAAGAUUGAUUAGCCUGACCCCCAGAGACUCAACAGAUAACACAGGUGGUAUGUGCUAAAGACAAUGUUUAUUUAUUUAGUCGUUCAACCAGUGGUUAUUAGGAACUUCUCACAAAGGAAACUUUAUUGGAGAACAUGGCCAGAUUAGGGACAAGCCUUGCUGGUACUUACAGAUUAGCAGGGGAACACAAUAACAAAAUAUCAUGUAAAUGCAAGUGUGCUAAGUACAGUGAAGUCCAGAGUGUUUGGGAUCCGUCUGGUUACAGAGAGGAGCUCAGUGGUUUGUGAGGUGGAAGGAAGUAAUCUCCUUCUCGAUGUGACACUGGGUAGUUAACACUGACAAGUGAGCUUCAGCAUCCACAUUGGAGAAAGUAGAACAGUAAUGUGCUGAGGAAGACUCCCAGCAGAGUUCACUGGAUUAAACCUCGGACAUUCAGGCUAGGGAUGUAGCUCAGUGGUAAGGUGCUUGCCCUAUAUGCGGGUUUUAUAGUUUUUGGUCCCAGAACCACAAAACUUGAGGUAGUUGAGGUGAUAAAUAUUAGUUCUUUGUAGAUGAUUUUGGUGUUGCUUUUACUGGUCUUUUGUAUGAAAUAGGAAAGUAAAGUUGAAACAAUCAUUUAUGUGUUUUAAAGUAGUAUUUUCUAAUAGAUGAUAACUAAUUUGGAAUUCAGUAAUUCCUAAAAUAGAAUUUCUUUCUCUUCAUUUUGUUUUUGUUUUGUUUUUUGACACAGGGUUUCUCUGUGUAAUCACUUUGGCUAUCCUGGAACUCACUCUGUAGACCAGGCUACACUCUGUAGACCUCGAACUCACAGAGAUCCCCCAGCCUCUGCCUCCCAAGUGCUGAGAUUAAAGGUGUGCACCACCACCACCUGGUCCUCUUCAUUUGUUUUUGAGACUAGUCUCAGACUCUCAGCAAUCCUCCUACCUAAGCCUCAUGAGUACUGGCUACCAUGCCCAGCAACAAUUUUUGUUUUGUUUUGUUCUGUUUGUGGGGAUCUAGCCCAGGAUCUGACUAGUGCUAGGCAAGUCUUCCACAUUGUGGUUCAUCCACAACCUAGUUUCUAAAAUCUAAUAACUCUCUUGAACAAUAAACCAACUGCAGAUAUUAUAACAAUGAACUGCCAAGAACUAUGUUAAUUAUAGAAAGCAAUGUCAAUACAACAGAUAUUUACUGAACACUCACUGUUAUUCCAAGUAUUUUGUUAGAGUUUGACCUCAACCUCAAAAGGUCAUAUAGUACAGAAGUCAUUUUCUGUAUCACACAUUUCCUUCAGUUAAGUAACAAUCAUAAAUUCCUUGUAAGUCAGGUGGUACUUCAUUUUGAUUUGAUGAUUAUUUAACAAUCACAGGGCUUCUGUCUGGUAACUUCAUUUUCUCCAAAUUUUUUAAUGGUUUAGAUGAUGUUGACUUGAUUAACCUAUAUAUUGUAUCAGUCUCAAAACCAGAGGGAAAUAUACAGUGUUUGAGAAUCUCUCCUCUGAGGUACAGGCUCUGCAGUAGUGUUCAUUUCUAGAUAAUAUCUAACAUCUGAUACAUUUCAAUCAAUUAUACAUCAAAUUAAUAACCUGUUGUUUUUACCUUAUUAUGUUCUGAAAUUCAGGUUUUGUGAAAAGCUAGUGAAAUAUUUAUUUCCUCAUUUUAAAAACACUAUGUUAAAUAAAAUGUUUUUUCUUCUUGCCAUCUGACAAGGAGGGGGAAACGUUCACUUUUCUAAAAUCAUGCGGUACUUCAUAGUUUUUAUUGGGACAUGGAUUAAAAUGCUUUUUGGUACUGUAAGGUACUUUUUGGUACUGUAAAAUUUCAUUUUCCAAUUUACAUUGUUUUCCUUAAAUAAUGAACAAAAUAAACUUUGAUUUUAAAAGGAC